AUGGAUUUCAAGAAAAGUAGCUUAAUUUUAGCAUUUGCUCUUAUUGCUCUGGUUUAUACCAUUGAGGCACACAUUGCCGAGUUUGAUGAGGUCUGGCAGAAGCGCUCAGAAGAAGCAAAGGAGGCUGCUCGCCAAGCUUACCAUCCUAACCCCGAAAAUGUCACUUCUCAUUUUAAUGAGAAAGUCCAUAGGUCCAUUGAUGGCCACAACAGCAGAAGAAGGGACUUGCACAAGUAUAAUGGUCCAUGCACAGCCACAAACCCUAUUGAUCAAUGUUGGAGAUGCCAGAAAAAUUGGCGUAAAAAUCGUAUGAAGCUAGCUGAUUGUGCUCUUGGCUUCGGCCGCCAUGCAACUGGAGGCAAAGGUGGCAGGAUUUAUAAGGUCACUGAUCCUUCUGAUAAUGACCUAGUCAAUCCCAAGCCCGGAACUUUAAGACAUGCCCUUAUCCAGCCUGAGCCCCUUUGGGUCAUAUUCACCAAGAAUAUGGUGAUCAGGCUUAGCCAAGAGCUUAUCAUGACCAGCAACAAGACGAUCGAUGGCCGCGGCGUACAAGUCCAUAUUGCAUAUGGUGCUGGAUUCACCCUGCAAUUCGUGCAUAACAUUAUCAUCCACAAUCUUCACAUUCAUGACAUUAAGGCUGGCAAUGGUGGCAUGAUUAGAGACUCUGUCAAUCAUUAUGGCAUUCGUUCAAGAAGUGAUGGAGAUGGCAUUUCAAUCUACGGUUCCACCAACAUUUGGAUCGAUCACAUCUCAAUGUCUAAUUGCAAUGAUGGACUCAUUGAUGCUGUUCAGGCUUCCACAGCUAUAACCAUCUCCAAUGGCCAUUUCACUCAUCACAAUGAGGCAAUGCUCUUUGGUGCAAGUGAUAGCUACUCAGAUGAUUCCAUAAUGCAAAUAACUCUUGCAUUCAACCACUUUGGUCAAGGAAUAGAACAAAGAAUGCCAAGGGCUAGAUGGGGUUUCGUGCAUGUAGUGAACAAUGAUUACACACAUUGGCUAAUGUAUGCCAUUGGAGGAAGUCAACACCCCACUAUACUUAGCCAAGGCAAUCGCUUCAUUGCUCCUGAAAAUCCAUAUGCUAAAGAGGUGACCAAGAGGGACUAUGCACCAGAAAGUGUGUGGAAAGAUUGGGUAUGGAAAUCGCAGGGAGAUCUUAUGAUGAAUGGAGCAUUCUUUGUUCAAUCAGGAGAUCCCAAUCACAAUUUUGGUUCCAAUGCAGAUUUGAUCGGUCCAAAGCCUGGGGAAUUUGCAAAUAGGCUCACACGUUUUGCAGGAGCUCUAAAUUGUAUUGCCAAAAGGCCAUGUUAAAACCUAUAGUACUAUAAACUAAAUGAUUCCAAACAAGCCAGCAAGGAAUCUGAAAAAGAAUCAAGAAGAGAUUUAAUGGAGAUCACUUGUUUGAGAAACUUUGUACUCCCUGCUUUUCAACUCUUGAUAAAAAAAAGUCUGGUUGCCUGCUUACAAAAAAGGAGAAAAGAAAAGGAACAAAGUUAUCUGAACUUCUUGUUUUGCAUAAGCAGAUAAAUUUGGAUUUUCUUUCGCUCAAUUGCCCUUCUGAUCCUCCCUGAACAUAAAAGACACAGUUAUUACCAUCAGUAUUCUUAUUCUGUAAAUUCAAGUGCAUAUGCUAGGCUUCUAUAAGUUCACUAAAUCAUUAAAUUGAUUAUACCAGCUUGGCUCAUUAAUCCAGUAUGCCAAGUAUAAUGACUAAACAAGACCUUCAGAUUUAAGAUCCUAGUAACUUGGCCAGAUUACCAUGUUGUACAAAGGACUUAGAUAGAUGUGCAAUUUUGCCUUGUUGGUUUCACUUGAGUCAAUUAGAUCUCAUCUUGGCACAACCCAAUUUAAUUACACCGCUUGGCUUCCAUCUGCACCAAUACUUGGCAAGUUCAGCACCAUCCCCUAAAACAAGUAAUUUCGCCUGACCAACUCCCAUUCCACCUGAUACUCAAUUUCCAGCAUCAGGUUGGCCUUUUUCACAGACAAGCAACAGCUCACCAAACUGAA